UCAGGUUGUUCUGGUUUGGCACAUCGUGCCACUGACGUUGGUGAAAGUGUUUCCAUAAGAAUCAGAGUGAAAGUGAAAUGAACAAACCAAAUCUUUAUCACCGAGCUAACGGUGUUCAACGAAGAGAUGCGAAGGAAAUUCUCAUCGAACAUGGUCAUCUUCUUCGGUGGAAAGAAAACAACAAAGAUUCACUGUUGGACAUUGGCUGUGGCAGUGGUGAUGUGUUGAUUGAUUUCGUCGUUCCAAUGAUGCCACAGAAGUAUGCACGCAUUCUCGCAACAGAUAUCUCAGAACAGAUGGUUCGAUUUGCUAGAACAGUACAUUCCGGCAGGAAGAAUAUAUAUUUUGAUACUUUGGAUAUUGGAGGAGACGUAUCACGAUUUGUGAAAAAGUGGGGAUGUUUCGAUCACAUAACUUCUUUCUAUUGCCUGCAUUGGGUUAGGUACCAAAGUUCUGCUUUUUCCAACAUUUAUAAUCUGCUUAACCCGGAUGGUGAUUGCCUGUUGGUAUUUCUAGCGAGAAACCCAAUUUUUGACAUUUAUGAUCAGCUAUCACGUUCAACCAAGUGGAGUAAGUAUAUGACAGACGUGGAUAAGUAUAUUUCACCCUACCAGUACUGUGAAAACCCAGCCGGCGAAAUCGAAGAAAUUCUGUCCUCUGUUGGAUUUGCCAAGUACAAAAUCCAUAUAUCCGACAAAAACUAUGUGUACGAAGGAAUCGACAACUUGAAAAAGGCUGUCCAAGCUGUCAAUCCGUUCAGUGAACGGAUGCCAUUGAACUUGCAAGAGAGUUUUCUAAACGAUUACAUAAGCGUUGUUCGUAAAAUGUCUUUGAGCGAGAACUGCAGUGGCGUUGAAAAUGAUUACAAAUUUAUUACUCCCUACAAGUUAGUGGUGGUCUAUGCGGUGAAAUAGGAAAACUGUAAAAAUCUUCUUUGAGUGUUACUGUAAGUGCUAUUUUGGUUUGCUAUUUUUUUAAAUCGAUAAAUUCAA